UAAACCAAUCAAUCCUGUCUUUUUCAGAUAUUUUAGUUUUUUUAAUACCUAUUGUACCUAGCAAUAGAUUGCCUUCUAUAUAUUUGUUAUUGGGUAAAUUAUAAAUUAAAAUGGUUGUGCCUAAAGCAAAAUCUAGAUAGGUCAGCCAAAGCAAUCGUGACUAUUCACAUGAAGCUUUUAAUGUUGGGUGAUUGCAAUAACAUAGGAAGUACUUCUGCCUCAAAGCACUUGCAGCCAAAAAUACAAGUUAUGAAUAAUUCUACAGACAAUAUAUCUCUCUUGGCUGGGAGACCCAUUGAAACUUUUGUUUUCCUAGACCUGGAAACUUCCGGUUUAGGGUCUACACGCAAUCGAAUCACAGAGCUGGCUAUGUUAGCUGUCUCAAGAAGUGACAUUGAAAAAAUGGAGAAAGAAACCUCAAACAAGAGAAAGAGACAAAUGAUGGAACAUCAUGAUGCAAAUCUAACUGAAAAAAAUAUGCUGACAGAUAAUAUCAGAUCAGUCAGGAAGAGACUCUUCAAUGAUCAUAGUGAAGAGAAGGUUGAUGGAACUUACCAUCCAUUUCAUGUUGACACACGUCUUAAAACUUUGAGGCCAGGGCAUAUGACCCAAAAGACAGAGGAACAUCCAAAAGAAAAUGGUACUGUAAAUGAAGUCAGUCACAUUGAAGCAGAUGCUCCUGCUGUUACAUCUUUGAAAACUCAAAAUCAGGCUACACAAACCGUCAGGUUUUCUACUUCUCACUAUCACCCGGUGCCCAAACUUCCACGUAUAGUACAGAAACUAAGCAAAAUCUUCAACCCUAAGGUGCUAAUAUUUCCUGAAACAGAAGAAAUUUCAGGACUUAAUAAUAUUAUGCUUGAGAAAUCAGCUCAAAUGAACUCAGAUUUUUGUGAGGUAUUCCUCAAGUUCCUAGAUUUUCCUAAACCUAUCUGCAUUGUUGGUCACAAUUCUUUGAAAUUUGACUUUCCAAUUGUCAUGUCAGAAUUUUUGUCAGUAACCAACUGCCAGUUCAGGUGUCCAGAUAUUUUCUGUACUGAUUCUUUGAUAAUAUUCAAAGCAUUGGAUAAAAUUCAGGUGCUAGAAGAAAUAAAUGCCUGUUCUGAGGACAUAGCUCGUCACCUGGAUUGGUUUUUGGAUGAUGAGGUUUUUCAGCAAAUCAGUCUAGAAAAUAACAAGGAAAAUGUUACCAGCAUUGAUUCCAAUGGUGAACCAAAUGUGCCAUGUGCAAUACAGAUUAAUGAUGAGACGGAACAAAUGAGUGCAAUACCAUGCACUCCUGUGAAGAAUUCAAACAUUUCUUUCAACAGCUCACUGGCACCUGAUACUCCUGUCACUCCUUCUCACAAAGACCCUCAAGAAAACACAACCUCUGGUUUUUCUCUUGGGUCCAUCUUCGCAUCACCUCCUGCAACCCCUCGCCAUAAUGUUGAAAGUGCCUCAAAACCAAUUAUGGUAUCUCCUCCAACCAUGACUAAAGGAAGAAGUUUCUCUGACCAAACCAAUGACCCAUCCCUCUUGACAUUUCCUCCAAAUUGUUCCUUUAAGUCAAAGGUUUUACUUGCUAAGAAUGACCCUGCUUACAACCUAGGAUUCAAACCUUCUCAGCGGCCAUUCUCUCAGCCAGUGUUGUACCAGCGCCUCUUUGGCUGCAGGUAUGAAGCACAUCGAGCUGAGAGUGACUGUGAAGCGUUACUCAAGAUUGCUGGACACUAUGGAACAAAAUUUACACUGGCUGCUGAUGUGCUAAAAAUUGAUUUUAAUUCUGUGAAGCCAGCUUGGCGCACAAAUAAAAUGAUACAAUCUGAGCAUUUCCAACAGGCAUAGUGCUGAGUUUUUGCACAAAUUCCUUUAUGCAUUUUCUUUCUUUGUUAUUGGUGAAGUUCUUAGAAAAUUAUCAUUAAC